CGACAGACAAGGUUGCAGGAAAGCUGAGUUCUACUCUCUCAUGGGUGAAGAACACUGUAUCGCACACUGUCAGUCAAAUGGCCAGUCAGGUGGCAAGUCCAUCUGCCUCAUUACACACUACAUCCUCCUCUACCACUCCCUCAACACCAGCACUAUCGCCAUCCUCACCAAUGCAGUUGAGUCCAGACGAGCUAGAAUUACUGGCUAAACUUGAAGAGCAGAAUAGAUUAUUGGAGACAGAUAGCAAAUCCUUGCGAUCUGUAAAUGGGUCAAGAAGGAAUAGUGGGUCCUCCCUUGUAUCUAGUUCAUCAGCUUCUAGCAACCUCAGCCAUCUCGAAGAAGAUUCCUGGAUCCUUUGGGGGAGAAUUGUAAAUGAAUGGGAAGAUGUACGAAAAAAGAAAGAAAAACAAGUUAAGGAGCUUGUUCGAAAAGGGAUACCCCAUCAUUUCAGAGCAAUAGUAUGGCAGCUUUUAUGCAGUGCUCAAAGCAUGCCAAUAAAGGAUCAAUAUUCAGAGCUUUUGAAAAUGACCUCUCCUUGUGAAAAACUAAUAAGAAGGGACAUUGCUAGGACAUAUCCUGAACAUGAUUUUUUUAAAGAAAAAGACAGCUUUGGUCAGGAAGUUUUAUUUAAUGUAAUGAAGGCUUAUUCAUUAGUGGAUCGUGAGGUUGGAUACUGUCAAGGAAGUGCUUUUAUAGUUGGGCUGCUGCUUAUGCAGAUGCCAGAAGAGGAAGCCUUCUGUGUGUUUGUUAAAUUAAUGCAAGAUUAUAGACUUCGAGAACUCUUCAAACCAAGUAUGGCUGAGCUGGGCCUUUGCAUGUACCAAUUUGAAUGCAUGAUACAGGAGCAGCUACCAGAGCUUUAUGUGCACUUUCAGUCCCAGAGUUUCCAUACUUCAAUGUAUGCUUCAUCGUGGUUUUUAACAAUCUUUCUCACAACUUUUCCACUACCAAUUGCAACAAGAAUAUUUGAUAUUUUUAUGUCUGAGGGUUUAGAGAUAGUAUUUCGAGUAGGUUUAGCAGUUCUUCAGAUGAACCAAGCAGAAUUAUUGCAACUUGACAUGGAAGGGAUGUUACAGCACUUUCAAAAGGUCAUUCCACAUCAGUUUGACAGUGGUCCAGACAAAUUAAUCCAAGCAUCUUACCAAGUCAAAUACAAUGCAAAGAAGAUGAAAAAGUUAGAAAAGGAAUACACUACAAUAAAAACUAAGGAAAUGGAAGAACAAGUUGAAAUUAAAAGGUUACGAACAGAAAAUAGACUCUUAAAACAGCGCAUUGAAACAUUAGAAAAAGAAAGUGCUUCCUUGGCAGAUAGAUUGAUACAGGGACAAGUGACAAGGGCCCAGGAGGCUGAGGAAAACUACCUCAUAAAACGGGAGCUGGCCACCAUCAAACAGCAGAGUGAUGAGGCCAUUACUAAACUGGAGCAAGCUGAGAAUACCAUCAGGGAGCUCCAGCAACAACAGCAAUGGCAUAAAUGCAGUUCACGCUACAGUGAAGACUUUGUGCUACAGCUGGAAAAAGAGUUGGUUCAAGCAAGGCUGAGUGAAGCAGAAUCCCAUUGUGCUCUGAAGGAAAUGCAAGAUAAGGUUCUAGACAUGGAAAAGAGAAACAGUUCUUUACCUGAUGAGAAUAAUGUUGCUAGACUUCAAGAAGAACUGAUUGCAGUGAAAUUAAGGGAAGCAGAAGCUCUGAUGGGACUAAAAGAACUUAGACAGCAAGUCAAGGAUUUGGAGGAGCACUGGCAGCGUCACCUAGCUCGUACCACUGGCAGAUGGAAAGAUACACCCAGAAAGAACACCGUGAAUGAGCUGCAAGAUGAAUUAAUGACUAUCCGAUUGAAAGAAGCAGAAACUCAGGCGGAGCUAAAAGAGAUGAAACAAAGAAUGAUGGAGAUGGAAACUCAGAAUCAGAUCAAUAGCAACCACUUGCGAAGGGCGGAGCAAGAGGUUACCAAUCUGCAAGGGAAGGUGCAGUAUCUUUCUACACAGAACAAAGGACUUCUUGCUCAGUUAAGUGAAGCCAAACGCAGACAAGCAGAGAUUGAAUGCAAGAGUAAGGAAGAAGUGAUGGCAGUAAGGCUCCGUGAAGCAGACCACAUUGCUGCAGUGGCAGAACUCCAGCAACAUAUUGCUGAACUAGAAAUCCAGAAAGAAGAAGGAAAAAUUCAAGGGCAGCUUAAUAAAUCUGACUCUAACCAGUAUAUUAGAGAACUGAAAGAUCAGAUAGCAGAACUGAAGCAGGAGGUACCUACUCUGGGGAGAAAAAAAGGGAGAUGUUGAGGUAGCUCCCUGAAGACGAUUCCUGGACAAUUGCAGUCCUUUCAGUGUGAUCAUAAUGCUGUUUUAAAAUACUUUUGUUGCCAUUUCCUCACUCCAAAUAAACACUUUCAUUAGAACCUCUAGUAUGAAGAAUUUCUGGGAACUUUCCUUCUGCCUACCAACUAGGUAUUUAUAGCACCUUCCCAAGGCUAGGUCAGUUUAAAACAUUUUUUAAAAUAAUGUUGAAUUUUAUCCAAAUAAAUUAAUCAGAUUUUAAAAAUGUUCCUAGAUUGAUCUUGUUUGUAAUUUUCUAAUACAUGUUUCUUUUGUAAACUGUUUCAGCUCCUUAUUAAGGUAUUUUCCUCAAUCACACAUUUGCUAUAGGAUUUUAAAGCUUAAUGCAAUUCCAUGGCAGCAGAUCAAAACCAAAGUUUUCAACCAUUUAUAUAUACUGCAGUGAUCAAGAAGUCAUGACCUCCCAUUGAUCGCUUUAUUGGUUUCCUGUUCUGAUUCACUGGAAACCUUCUGGUCUGAACAUUUGUCACUAGUUUUAAUCUUUGUCACGUUUACAAUACAGCAGCCUAGUCUUUGGUAAAGCUGAUAUGCAGCAUACAUUUAGCAUCUUGUUUCCUUUUGGCUCUUCAGCCCUUUAACUGAUAAAGCUGUAAAACCACUUUCUACAAAAUUAAAAAAAAAACCCAAACCUCCUAUUCAGAAAUGUAAAACCAAAUGCAGAGCAAUCUGAAAUACAGAACUGGACAACUGGGGAUGAGCUCAUAAUGUAUAACAUCUACAUAUAUUUGGCAUAAUUUUAAUUUACAUUUGCUAGCAUUUUUAGAGCCACUGUAAAGCACUGUUACUGAGACUGAAUCUGUCUUACAGAAGUUGAGAAUAUAAAAUGCAAAGGCCAGAUGUACUAAAUAUGUGCUAUAAAAAUAAGCCUGAAAUGACUCAGUCUUGGAAACUUAUUGUUACUGUUUUGCUGCUCAUUUAUGACACAUUGCUAUGGUUUGAACUCUGUCUAGUGAUACGGUCAUCAAAGUUCAUUUUGGAUUAGUGUGUAUAUAUGUGUAUAUAUACAUGUAUGUAUGUAUGUAUGUAUGUAUAUGUAUGCCAGCACAUUACCCAUUUUACAUGAGUUUCAAACUGUUAAUAGUUUAGAAAAGAGAAGUGUUCUUAGAUCUCAUCCUUUAGCAGUUAGCAAUGGCUAUCAUAUUGACAAUCAUGGAUUCUAAGACGUUAAUUCUUUAUCUUCACAAUUCAUCAGUGUUGUAGUUACAUUAUCACUGUUGCCCUUUUCACUCCCACUUUACAGCUAAACUGGUAUUAUCAAAUCCAGAAAAUCUUGGCAAUUUUUUUUAAAGAAAGCCGGUCAUAUUGAUAUGAAAUUGGGAAUGAUGCAUGGGUACUAUAUAAUACAAAAACACAGCCAUCUACUGUCUCCAUGGUUUGGGCUCUGAUAGCAUCUAAUCCUUGUUCAGGUGUUGUACUGGGUUCUGGACGGCUUCUAUUGCCUGUUUGAGGUUGUGUUUAAUUGUCAAAACUAAUUAUUAGAUCAAACCUCUGCUAUACUGAAAACUGAAAUUCAGUCUGUAAACUGCUGAGCCAAUGCCUAUUACAAAAUUUAGUGUGAAAUGAGAGCAUUGGGGAAAAAAACUCACUCCAAAGGAUCUACUUAUGGGACAAAUCCUAUGGGAAAGCACCAUUAGGAAAUGUCUUUCUCUUCGAGAACUUUCACCCAUAAUGAAAAUACAAUACCAAUGCUUUUCUAUCUGUCCUUUCAUUCUUUGUCCAAAAAAAUCCAACAAAUCAACCCCCCUACUCCAGGAAUUUGUACUGCCAAACUGGUAUUUAUGUAGAAGGUGCUUGGAGGUACUAUCAAACCCUAAACUAGAAUAUGUUAUCUUACUGUAAGACAAAUAUGGCUUCUGUAGCUGCCUGUACUUCCCACUUAUACAAGAGCAGGGGUUAUUAAUUUAAACAGUUCUAUUUACUUUGUAUCUGUUAAAAUAAAUGUUCAAACUGUUUUUAGAAAUGCAUGUCACUGAAUGUCUCCGUUGUAGAUGUUGCUGUGUUCCCAUUUCAAGCAUGCUGGACCCAAUUAAAUAUUCAAAUGUACCAACCUGGGCCUCAAUGUAUUCUUUAAAUAUGGCUCAGACGACCUGACUUGGCUUCGGCUAUGCUGACCAGCCAAACAGUUGAGCUGGACUGAUGUUCAGAUGUUUUUGCUAUGUUAUUUAAAGAAACUUCAGUACAGGUGGAGCCAAAGAACUUCUUUUUUACUUGAUAGAACUGCCUGAAUCACCUUCUGGGAACAAAGUUUAAAACAAGUAAAUUCAGUUCAAUGCUGAAAUGCACACCACAGGUCAUUUAUACCUUAGUUUUUAUAGAAGUACUGAAUGCUAGACUACUCAUGACUAACGAAAGAAAACAAAACUUAAAAACAGAAGUUUUGAGAGUGUGCUGCUGCACAGUGUUUGUGUGCCCGAUCAAGGCAUUUCCUGUGUCUUUAAUCUAUAAUACCCAUGUUUCAGAUUGUCAAAGCUGCAGCUUCCACUUUUGCCUGCUUUGCUUUAUUAGCCACUCUUAGAGACUCUACUCUUAAUUAGAUAACGUGAUUAUUUAGAAUCUUACACCCUAUACUGCAGUCUGCCCUGCUGAAAAACCUACAGAACUGUUCUAAAUAGUGACUGCUAUAGGCAGCCCAUUACUAGAGCCCACGCAUAUGCCAGGAAACAAAAAAAAAAUACUAAAGCUGCAGGUUAUAAUGCAUGUUAAGUUAAAUGAGGUGAGGGAGGAAGGUUAUUUGGUUUCUUAACGUGAGCUACAAGGGUAAAGAAUGGUGUUGUACUUCUUACAGCCAUAUAUUGGGGUUUCCCACAAAGGUCUGUCUUUUCUGCUUUUUUAAAAAUUAUAAAUGUCAGAUCUUCACUUUUUUUCUUGCUCUAUGCCUGCUCAACGCUCAGCGAACAGCUAGGAAAAUUACAGCUUGCAUUUCAACCUGUUGUGAUAGAAUCUUUAUCAGGUCUCCAGGAAAGUGCAAGGAAAUCUAUACAUACUGUUACAGUGUAUCUAAAAAAUAGUUUCUGAGCAAGAAAGUCUUUACGUAGUGUAAUGUUAAUAAUGAUGUCUGUAGGGAUUAGAUUUUGCUUCUGUUGUCUACUGGAGCAGAAUUCAAGCUGUGAUGGUUUUGCAGUGAAUGUGACUUGCUGUGGAAGUGUAACCUUCACAUCUUAAAGGAAACACUAGAAACCCCUUGGCCGAACCUUCUGGAAAGAAAAUUAAUGUUCUGAGCUGAUAAAGGUUAAAGGUAUCUUAGAGUGAAAAUAUUUGUGUUUAUAACUCGCCUUUGAGGAGAACUUCAACAAUAAGUUUUAAUUAAAAGUGUAUUUUCCUUGCCAACUGCUCAUUAUUCCCUCUGACCCAAAUGCUUACCAAAAUAAUAGAUGUAUUGAAGAAGUAGGCAAGAGUUUUAAAAAGAAUGUGCACUGUUUCAGUAUUUUCUUUCAACAACUGAAGAACCAUCUGUCUCUGCCUAAAUUGUUAUGAGCAUCUUAAACUGUAUUUUACUUAAUAUCACUAGGUAGAUGCGAAGUGUUGUGAAUCCAAUAAGGAAGGGAAUUUACAUUUCAUUAGGUGCCAUGGACAAUCUCCAGGUUCUCAGGAAAGAAAUUUUAAUAUGUUUUAUGUUCUCAGAUUAAAUAUUUUACCUGUGCAUAAUUUCAACAGAAUUUAAUAGCUCUUAUGCUCAAUUUACUGAUAUUUUCAAUUGCUUACCAGAAUUUUUUGGCUAAUAGUUUUGCCUCAUGCAGAUGUAAGGAUGGCAGCUUUGUAUCGGGUUAUGUAGGCAGAUAGUUAAAAAAAUGUUAAUGAUGAUUUUCUUUAAUUGGAUAUGGCUAGCAUGAAGUUUCAGUUUUCUUUUUAAUCAUGACUAUUUUAUAACCAGGAAAUGUUACCAAGGUACAGAAGAACAAAGACUUAGAUUGCUUCAGACUGUUCCUGUUUUAAGAUUAAAAUAUUUAAAAUCAGUGUUGAUGUUCUACAUGAAUACUCCUUUUCCUGUUCUGACCCAGCUUUAUUCAACUGAAAACUACCCAUGCAGUGAUCUGAAGUUUAAUCUGUAGUGCUUGGUUAAUAGUAAACAGUUUGAAUGUUUCUAGACAAACCUUGCUUAGCAAACAUUUUUAUUUCUCCUUUGACGUAUAGUUCCUGACCAUUUUAGAACUUUAUAACUUCAAUGCAGGAAUUAGUUACUUUAAUGUUUAAAGGAAACAGAAAAUACUGCUUAGAGGUCAGAUGUUCUUUAAUGGUAUAGCAUCUAUCAAAAAUCUUACCAAUAUUAGAAUAUUUAUAUUUGUAAUUUAAGAAUAUACAUUUAUCUUAAUGUUUUUUCUGAACAAUCAUCCUUUUAUUGCGCCUUCUUAAAUUUUUUGGCUGAUGUUUUCAGCAGGUUUUUCUAGCACUACUUAGACAUCUAUUCUUCUUCAUUGUAUAUACAUAUAAAGGGGGCAUCUUAAAAAUACUGUUGGUCUUAGAAACUUGUUAGGGCUUCAUUUGCUGCAUUUAACAUGCAAAACCUUUGAAUUUGCUAAAAUCUCUACAUUUCUCUUUCCCUCAUGCAUGUCUUGACGAGGCAGUCAGCAUCAGGUAAGAGGGUAUAUUUCUAAGAUCUAGUCUUUACCUUCUUUUUUCUUGUGACAAGGUAUUUGGCAGAAUUUACAGAUUCAUCUGACAGGGCCAUGCCAUGAGCACUUCGGCUGUGGCUUCAAACUUGUGACCUCUGGUCUGUCAACCAUGGUGCCUGCGCCACCCCAGCAGACAAUGAUGGAAAUUAAAUAUUUUUAUUAUGUGACUGUAACUUUACCCAAAUUUUCAGUUCUCCUAAAGGGUUAACAAAACCACAGUGGCACUGAGCUGUUAAGAGCUUUUUCCCUUUAAUUCUCAGAGAAUAUGGGUCUGCCUUGUUUCCCAAGACUGAUUAGGACAGAGCCCUUGCAGAACUGCUUCAUUAAGCAAUGAUCAGGCCUUAUUUAAAUAUGGUGGAAGGCUUUGGGGGUAGGGGAAGAGAGGGUGAGAUCAAAAAAAACUAAUAGUGUUAGUUUCCUUUAUGGGCAGGAAAACCAACCACAACACUUGAAAGAUCUAUUGGGGUUUAACCAAUGGUGGCCUCCCUCACAAAGGAGGAUGUUGCUGGCAGAUCACUGCUAUGGCAAUCCAUACUAACUAAAGUGCUCUCCUUAAGCUGGGGUGCCCCUGAAGGACGAGCAUUUUCCUUCAGAUGGAAGAAUGCUCUUGUGGUAAAGAUGGAGCUGGAAAAUAUAGGUUUUCUUCUUAACUCUUGCCCAGGCUUUCCUAAACUAGCAUUUGGACUCGAGCCUUAUAAGGCAACUGGAAAAAAGCACAGAUACUCUACCAAUGCAGACCGAAUAAGCAUGUGGCUUCUUGUUAUAUACCAAGAAUGGAGUCAGGUUGCAUUUAGUUUGCAGUGCUCCAUUUUGGUGUUGUUCAUUAAUAAAUGUUUUAAGGAUUCUUUUAAAAAUCAAAACUUCUGUAGUUUUGGAAAUACCUUAGUUACAGGUGUGUGAGUGAUUGGGCAGUUCAUAUUAUAGGAUUUCAGGGAUUUUGCCAUUAGUAAAAAUAACUUAAGACUUUAUUGAUCUGAUUUACACAGUGAGGAAUACCUUGCUAAAAUGACUUGUAUGGCGGAAUGCCUGCUUUUGCAAUGAUGAAGACCUGAUGAAAAAUGUCUUGAAUUCAAAAGCUUGUCUAACUUGAUUCCAGCACUGCAGUUGGUCCAACAAAAGAUAAUCGCCCAUCAAAGAAUUCUUGCCUCUCGCAUAAUUCCUGGACUAUCAUGGCUACAACAUCACUCUAAAACUGCCUUUACAAGGGCCUUCAUUACAAGUGAUCACAGUCUGUGUAAAAGUAAAAUCCUGCCUUCAAACUGAGGUUGAGGGUAGUGCAGCACAACUCUCCCCCACAGUAUGGUUACUUCUGCAGGUUAUGGAGUGACGUGGUAGCAUAAUGCCCUUUACAUGGUUUGGUUUUGAUAUUCAAGCAACUGGAAUUAUCAUCAAUCUCAGCUCAGUCCCAUUCCCGCCCUUUGCAAGGUCUUGUGGGGCUUAUAUGGGUACCCCUCCAGCCCCCAGCAAACAAGUGAAAAAGAUUCUUCUGAUUAGCUCUCCUGGUGCUGUCACCUUGGGAUUUAGGUGUGGGGCCCAUGUAGAAAGGUAAAUAUCAUGCCAAGAACCUUGAAACCUAAAAUGGAUUUGUGGGUGUUGAGCACAAUUUUAUGUUUUUCUUACUAGAAUAUCUUAAGAUUUUUUUUGUCCUAUUACUGUUUUCAAGGUCUUUGUGUUGCAAAGGAGACCAUGAUGUAUCUCCCUAUAGGGUGUUCUAAGUUCACAAGGCCUCAGGAUAUUUCUGCAGAGCAAUUUUACUCCCUUCUGCAUCUUCAGAGUUUUUUAGCAUGGUACUCUCUGCAGGUGUCAAACACUGCGUAUUCAGUGGCUAAGCUGUUCUACAUGAAAUUCUAAGAACUGACCUCAAGAGCAUCUUCCGAUAGCUAAGAUUAGUUUUUGUUAAGUUAAGAUUUGGACGUGCUUGGCUUUGUUUCGUUUUUACUUUUGAAAUGGAUAAUGUGCUUGUAGUAGUUUGCUUAUCACUCCAGUGGUGCAUUUGAAAUGAAAAUAUUAAGAACGCUUCACCUAUUUCAACAACCAUUGUUGUUUUGUAAAGUAUGUCUCUUUGAGAAUACAGUCUGCUCUGCUAUAUGGAGAGAGAAGUUUCAGAGCAAGAAGGUAGGUUCUAAACUUUCCUCCUGUGGUUCAGCGGAGGUUGAGCUGGGUAGUGGGAGUGACCUGCUUAAUCUUUCAAGGUGCGUGUAAGUAAAUAUAUUGCUUGUGAAUGCUGUUUACUGACUUUUCCAUAAAACACUGGCCAUAUUCCUCUCUGAAAGAAACUUUUUUGUUUUUCCCACCCACUUCUCAUCUAACUAGAAAAACAACCUGAGGUAAUACAUGAGAGGAAAAUAAAAGUAGUGACUCUCGGGUAGUGAAUAAGGCAGUUUAGAAAACCAUAAUAGACCCUCAAAAGACACUGCUCAAGCCAAAAGUUUAGAUACAAGCCAAAAGGUUUGUGUGUGUGACUUUUGGUACUUCAGAUGUUAGGUUUUGAACGUGAACUCAAUUUCAGAAACUCAGUUUCAGAAUGUCAAAACCACUUAUUCCCAAACAUGUUAUUUUUAUUGCUGAACCUGUAACUAAAUAUCAACUCUGUUUUUUAACAGAUCAAAUGCCUAAAAGGCCAGAGAGUCUUCUCAGACCAAGCCACUUUUGAUGGGAUUCACAUUGUCAACCAUUUUACAGGAGAUGAUGAGUCAU